AGACUGCAAUAUCAUUUGUGAAUCCCUCUCACAGUGCUGCAGAUAGGGGCUGCCAACACAUGCGGCGCGUCUGCAGGUGAAGGAACAGGCUUGAAUGCGCUGGACACACUGAGGAAUUCAACCCGGCGUUUCCUUAAAAGAAAAAAAAACUGCGGAUAUACAUUUUUAAUUGUUUUGUUCUUUUAAUAAGAAAACCUUGUGGAGUUGCAAAAGGAGAGAGAACUAUACUGCCUGCUUGGCUGCAAGUGACUUGGAGGAGGAGAGCAGCAACCGGACAGGUAAUUUGCUUCAUAUUCCUCAAGAUCGGAGAGUUGACAGGCUUUCCGCGCAGUCAACACUCGCCGUGUGAUGAGUUUUGGAAACUGCGCGGGCAUUUAAAUGAUCCUGUGGACAUAUCGUCGGAGAGAGGAAUAUCGCAGCCUCACCCAAAAAAGGAGAUUCUAACCACAAACUGUGAGUAAAACGGCGGCAUAUGGACUCAAUUCACUUUCUGGUGAUAAUGCUCGGACUAUAACGUUUUUGGCUUUUACGCGCAUGAAAUUCAAAUAUCUGCUGGGGCGCACGGCUCUCUGGUGAGUUUUUAAAAAUAUAUAUACAUAUCAUUGCAUUUUUUUUUUUGCUAAAAGAAGGAAAGAGCAACUAACAUCCAGUGUUGGAAGCAGAGAACAGACCGUGCACUUGCUGCUUUGCACUGCAGCAGGAGCGAUGUAGGAAGUCGUCCGGAGGAUGAAGUCUAACGCAUCCCGCAGCAGAGGGCUUUGCUCUUCAUGAAAACGAUAUUUUUCUCCCACACGCGGACUCUCCUGUGAUUUAAUCUUUUUUUUUCUUUUUUUGGACAUUUUUUCAUAUCUAAGUGGACAUUUUUGCCAAGGGAGAACAAUGAGGACUACUGGUGCAGUGGACUAUUUGUACUAUUGCAUGCUCAUCCUGCAGCUUGUGCAUCAGCCCGCUGCCAAGCAAGUGCUCCGGUACCGUCUGGCUGAGGAGGGACCCGCCGAUGUCAGAGUAGGGAACGUAGCCGGCGACCUGGGCAUCGUUGCCUCAAACGGAGAGGUGACAUUCACGCUAGAAUCAGGCUCAGAUUUUUUCAAAAUAGACAACAUAACAGGUGAGCUCACCACCAACGAGAGGCGCAUAGACCGUGAAAAAUUACAACAGUGCCAAAUGAUAUUUGAUGAAAACGAGUGUUUUAUAGAUUUUGAAGUGUCAGUGAUUGGACCAGCCCAAAGCUGGGUUGAUCUCUUUGAGGGGAAAGUCAUCAUUUUAGAUAUCAAUGAUAACACUCCGUCUUUCCCUUCCCCUGUCCUGACACUGUCUGUGGAGGAAAACAGACCCAUUGGAACCCUUUAUCUGCUGCCCACAGCCACAGACAGAGAUUUUGGCAGAAAUGGAAUAGAGAGAUAUGAGCUGAUCCAGGACAAUGGGGAGAACUCAAGGCGCUUGGGCUCUAAUGGGGAUUCAUUCUCGGGGAAGAGGAGAUUUGAGGAAGGCGCAAGCAGGAGCAGCGUCUUUGAACUGCAAGUUGCUGACACUACUGACGGGGAGAAGCAGCCUCAACUCAUCAUUAAAGGAGCCCUUGAUAGGGAACAGAGAGACUCCUAUGAGCUCACACUGCGUGUUAGGGAUGGAGGAGAUCCCCCUCGCUCCUCCCAGGCCAUUCUAAGGGUGAUGAUCACUGAUGUGAAUGACAACAGCCCUCGCUUUGAGAAGAGUGUGUAUGAAGCUGACCUGCCAGAAAACAGCUCUCCUGGUGCCCCCAUACUGCAGCUCAAAGCGGCUGAUGCAGACGUGGGGGUUAAUGGUCAAAUAGAGUAUGUGUUUGGGGCAGCCACAGAGUCAGUGAGGAGGCUGCUGAGGUUGGAUGAGAGCACAGGGUGGCUGAGUGUGUUGCACCGCAUUGACCGUGAAGAAGUGAGCCAACUGAGGUUCACAGUAAUGGCCCGUGACCGAGGCCAGCCACCGAAAAUGGACAAGGCCACUGUGGUGCUGAACAUCAAGGAUGAGAACGACAACGUCCCUGCUAUAGAGAUACGCAAAAUUGGGCGCAUUUUCUUAAAAGAUGGCAUCGCCAACGUGGCUGAGGACGUGGUGGUGGACACACCCAUCGCCCUAGUUCAGGUGUCAGACCGUGAUCAAGGGGAGAAUGGCAUUGUGACCUGCACAGUGGUGGGGGAUGUCCCCUUUCAGCUCAAACCAGCCAGCGAGAUGGAGGGUGAGCAGAAUAAAAAGAAAUAUUUCCUCCACACAUCUGCACCGUUGGACUAUGAAGCCACGCAGGAGUACAAUGUGGUCAUAGUGGCUGUGGACUCUGGAAGCCCCAGUCUCGCAAGUAAUAACUCUCUUAUCGUCAAAGUGGGUGACACUAACGACAACCCACCUAUCUUCAGCCAGAAUGUAGUAGAGGUGUCAUUCCCGGAAAACAAUGCCCCUGGCGAGAGAGUGACAACAGUGGCAGCCAUUGACGCAGAUAGUGGGAAGAAUGCUGAAAUAGCCUAUUCCCUAGACUCAUCAGUAAAUGGGAUUUUCUCUAUCGAUGCAGACAGUGGAGACAUCAGAGUAAACACCAUUCUGGAUAGAGAGCAAACAGAGCGCUACGAAUUCAAAGUGAUAGCCAAAGAUAAGGGCAUAAACACUCUACAGGGCUCCGCAACAGUGGUCGUCCUUGUGGCAGACAAGAAUGACAAUGAACCAAAGUUCAUGCAAGAUGUUUUCACCUUCUACGUAAAAGAGAACCUUGAGCCCAACAGCCCAGUUGGUAUGGUGACCGUUAUUGAUGCAGAUAAAGGCCAAAAUGCAGAAAUGAGUCUUUUCAUUGAGGAAGAGGAGGACAUCUUUUCUAUUGAGAAUGACACUGGGACCAUUUUCUCCACCCUGUCCUUCGACAGAGAGCAAAAAACCACAUACACAUUCCGUGUGAAGGCCGUGGAUGGCGGCGACCCUCCCAGAUCCGCCACCGCCACAGUUUCUCUCUUUGUCAUGGAUGAAAACGACAAUGCACCAACAGUUACUUUCCCAAUAAACAGCUCCUACACCCUUCUCCCUCCCUCCAGCAACAUCAGAACAGUAGUCAGAACAGUCAUUGCCACUGAUACAGACACUGGCGUCAACGCAGACUUGAACUACAGCAUCAUUGGGGGAAAUCCCUUCAAGCUGUUUGAGAUUGAUGGGGGCACUGGGGUCAUUUCACUGGUGGGCAAGUUGGAGCAGAAGCACUACGGCCUCCACAGACUUGUGGUCCAGGUGAACGACAGUGGCCAGCCUUCCCAGAGCACCACCACCUUGGUUCACGUGUACGUUAACGAGACUCUUUCCAAUUCCACAAUUGUGGACGCCCAGGUGGCCAAGAGCCUGAGCACGUCUCUCAACACCAACAUUGCCGGAGACCCCAACUAUGAUCUAAGCAAACAACGACUAAGCAUUGUAAUAGGAGUGGUUUCGGGCAUCAUGACGGUCAUCCUCAUCAUCCUUGUCGUCGUCAUGGCCCGUUACUGCCGCCCCAAGAACAAGAAUGGCUACGAGGCCGGCAAGAAGGACCACGAAGACUUCUUCACGCCACAGCAGCACGACAAGUCAAAGAAGCCCAAGAAAGAUAAGAAGAAACAGAAGUCCAAACAGCCACUCUACAGCAGCAUUGUCACCGUAGAGGCCUCCAAACCCAACGGACAGCGCUACGACGGCGUCAACGAGAAGCUGUCGGACAGUCCUGGCAUGGGCCGGUACCGCUCGGUCAACGGAGGGCCGGGGAGCCCAGACCUGGCCCGACACUACAAGUCAAGUUCACCGCUCCCUACUGUCCAGCUUCACCCGCAGUCGCCGACAGCUGGAAAAAAGCACCAGGCAGUUCAGGACCUGCCCCCUGCCAACACCUUUGUUGGCACCGGAGAUAACAUUUCCCUUGGAUCUGACCACUGCUCUGAAUACAGCAGUCAAACUAUCAACAAGUACAACAAACAGCCGUUUCGCCGAGUGACCUUCUCGGUGGUGAGCCAGCCCCAGGACCCUCACCAGCAGGGAUCGCUGCAGAGCUGCUACGACAGCGGCCUGGACGAGUCGGAGACGCCCAGCAGCAAGAGUUCGUCGGGCCCCCGGCUGGGCGCCCUUCCCCUGCCCGAGGACAGCUACGAGAGGACAACGCCGGAUGGCAGUGUCGGUGAGGCAGAGCACAUGGAAAAUGACUCCCGGCCGUUGCCUGACGUAGCCAUGACUGGCAAGUGCACCCGGGAAUGCGACGAGUACGGCCACUCGGACUCCUGCUGGAUGCCUGUGCGCACGUCGCCUGAGCGACGGCCAUCCAAGUCAACCACCAACCCCCAACAACCAAAGCUUUCCACUUUCAUGAGCGGCAAUGGCAGCGGCAGCAGCAGCGCCGAGCAGCCCGGCAGCCAAGAGACCCUCGCCAUGGCCGCCAUGGCCAAUGGAGACCCAACCGCCGCUCACAUGAUGGGCGACCGCAAUCGCAACCUGCUCAACAAGAAGAUGGCUUCCUCCUCCUCCUCCUAUGAGGCCUUUGGUUCGCCUUCCUACGGCUCGCCAGGAAGUGGGGAGGAGGCGCUGGGCCACCCCACCGAGGAGAUCCCUCUGGCGCCUACUGGGGAGUACAAGCCCACGUCUUGUGGUACUCUGACGCGACGGGAGGUGUACCUAACACUGCUAUGGCCACGGUGUUCAGUGGCUGCAACUAUAAUGGACAUAAUGGUCUCUAUCGUACUGAGCUGUCUACUGAAUCCGUCAUCUUGACUGUUUGUGAUAAAAGUUGCUCAACGGUAGACCAAAACUGACUUAAAUCUUAUAAGGACGGGAAGCUUUAAAUACUCCAGAAAGCAACACUUGUGUCAGUCCUCUCUUGAAAUGGAGAGACAUGGGAGCCAAUGGAAUUUGCUGCAACAACACCGGACUACAACACCACUGGUACGAUGAACAUACGAUGACUGAUUCUAAACCUACCAGUGCAUACACUCUCCACAGGCGAAAAAGUCACUCAUUGUACAUAACCAUUGGACCACAGCAACAACGCUAACUGCUCUCAUUCCCUUUUGUCUUGCUACCUUUCCUCAGUCUCUCGUUCUUUGUCUUUGAUUGGCAAGACCAAAACCCUCUUUAACGAGAUGCAAAAUCUUAGAGCCAUGAUCUAUCGUCGCAUCGGCUGGAAAAGCAUGCGUGUACAUGGUUGCGCAUAUUCGGAUCACCUCAGUGGGAUGCUCCUGUUUAUAUCAAGUUGUAAUACCCUGUUCUCGCAAAUCACAUAUGCAGACACACAGAAGCAGAAAAGCAGAUUCAUAUAACUGAGGCCGCUGCCGGACUAAAAAUCCUGGGUAAGCACAGCGUGUGGCAUGCUGAGAUUAGAAUUAUGGAGGUGCAAUUGAAAUUGUAUGUGUGUAUGGGCCCGAUAUGCAGUAUAUAGUGUGUGUGUGUGUGUGUGUAGGCUAUAUUUAGUGUAUACUGUAGAUGUACACCGAUAAUAGGCUUAGGAGGGCGUAAACAUGGCCAAGCUGAUCCUAAAACAGCUGCAAGGACAGCUUUUUACUGUUAUUUCUUUCUUGUUGUGUGAUAGACUGAGCAAUAAAUAUCAUAAUGUACAUGUGACCAACAAGCAUCAACUUCUUUUCCACUUCUCCUCAAGCCUUCAAGGUGAUAUUAACCCACACGUGGCCGUCCAAGAAUCCUUUCCUUAGCACUACUAGAUGUUGCUUUCCAUAACUAAGUGCACGGUGAUGGCAUCUUUGAGCACGAAUGUAAGAAUCAGCUCAAUGGAGAACAAUCAAAACGUCAGUUUGGAUUACAAAGCUGAGAAAUAUGGUGUCAAAGUGAAACCAAAGCUUCGCGAACAGGAUGAAGCAUUCCCCCACAUUAACACACAAAAAUAGCUUUUUUUUGGGAGAACUUUGCUUUAAGAACACAUUACAUGAAGGAUUCUUUUUCCCAUGAAGGAGUGAGAUGUCUCACCUACACAUCCGUCACAGCUUAAUGACCACUCACACACACAGACACAUGACAAUGUUGAGAUGUUGUGCCUCCCUGUCUACAGUGAUGUUUCUUUUUCGCAGCUGCAGAGGCGCAAAAUCUCAUGACUGUAUUAAAGCAAAAGAAUAUCAGAUGCAAUGGAACUUUUUUGUAUGUUAGCAAAACCCCUUUGGUUUGACCGGAGCUGCUCUUUCUGCAUUCCGGCAAUCUAUAGUCUGUAAGUACUACUCGUUGUUCGAAAGAAAGUGCUCCUAUACUUAUCAACUGUAUACAUAAAUAUUUACUUUUUACUGCACGUUUAAUGGGAACUUACUUCACUUACUGAGAAGGAAGAAGAAAAAAAACUGUAAAACAAAAUGUACAAAAAAAUGUUUUCCCUGUAAACAUGGAAAUCCACCUUGUUGCUUGCUUUUGUUAUACCUAAAGAAACACGUAGUACAACUUAGUACAUCAGUUAAGACCAUACCGUUUAUUUUUUAUUUUUUCAUACUCACAUUUUACCAUCGUCUCUUAUACCACCACACAAAUCUUUCAUACGUUUCAUUUACAACUUUAUACCACGGACUUUUUUAUCUUCAUCUUGUAUUUUAUUUUGAAAAUCCCAUAUUUGUUAACAGUCAAAACCCGUGGAAAUGAUCAUGACAAUGUACUAUGUGUUUUACUUUUUUUCUUUAUCUGGUGCCACUUUGUAUAUUUAGAGUGCUUCUGAAAAAAGACAAAAAAAACAUUUAAAAAAAAAUACUAGAGUGAAUGCAAAUAUGCAAUUGUGCCUUUUUAUACCAAUUGGUAUGAUUAAAUGUUGGUUUGGAAUGGUGCAUAAACAAUUACGUUGCUUACAAAAAGUAGAUGGGGUGGCAUUUAAGAACGGACUGAAAUACAUUUGCAUAUCUUAGAUGAAAUCCCAUGAUGUCAAAGGCUUCUUGGAGGACAACCAGUCAAAUGUCAGUGAGCCUGUGGGUCUAAUACUCCAAUUGUUCACUGGGUUCAAAUAUCUUGUUGAAAUAUCCAUUCCUAGCAUAGUGCAUUACCGAAUGAGUACAGGUACAUUCAAAAGUUGCUUGUUGGUAGUAAUAAUAAUGAUAUAAUGGAUUUUUUUGUCGUGUUCCACUCAUGUACAUGUAUGACAUCAGAGGUCAAGUAACCUUCUUUGUGCAUGAACCAAGCUCUAGGACUGAAUAUAGAAGCAUAGAAAGAUAGAGGUGGGUGAAAAAAAAGAGAAAAAAAAAUGCUUGGAGACAUUUGACUGCUCAGAGUUGAGGGAGCCUAGAGAUAAAAAUGCUAAUGUGACGGUUUACUAGGAGUAGUGGAAGUGCGGGGGGGUAAAAAAGCUGCAGGGGGAGAGUAGCUGACAGAACACACACCUCAGGACGUGCCGAGCAACAUAACACUCAUGCGCAGAUUUACAGUAUAUGCAUAUCAGUAGGUGAUGAAACCCUGUCCUACAAAUAAGCGCCGUAUGAUGUUUGCUUCGAUACUGCAAGGUGAUGCUUUGAAUUUCUAGAUCAGAUGGAAACAAAGACUCUGUAGUGUGAACCUCAGACAUAAAGAGAA